AUGUUCGAGACUGAUUUCUUGAAGAGACUCCUCCGCUUCUUCUCACCUAUCAAACACCAUCAAUAUCGUCACCAUCGGCGCACUAGAAGCUCAUGGAGUGCAUUCACGACAAGGACUUUGGCCGACCUUGUGGAACUAGACAACGAGAGUGCGACCAGCAGCAUGAACGAGGGGCCAGCCAGUCAGGGUCCCGCGGCUAAUCCUGUCUUUGGCUCACAGCCCUGGAACGGCCAGUGCCUUGCUCUGGCGAGAUUGGCGAAUACACUGUUGGCGCUGGUGGUAUCACAUAAAGAGGCUCGAGAGAAAUAUCUAGGAGUGCCGGGGGAAACGGCGGACACCCCUACUGUCGUUGUGGUCGAUGGUCAACAGCGGAGUCAGCAACAUCAUCAUCACCAGUCUCACACCUUCACGGCUGACCUGGCUAAAAUGCUCAGCGAAUCGAUCACAGGGGCGGAGCGUGACAUUCGAUCUGAUAGGAAGCUCUCAAGCUGGAUGGACAUCACUGGUCGACGGGCUCGGGAGAGAGGAUUGAGUGGCCUCUCUGAGGAAACAUCUCGUUCGUCCCCUCAACCAGAACCCUACACCACUGCCAACGUCUUCACCAGCCUCAGUUCGAAGUCGGCAGCGGCGGCGGCGUCCAUCACCCCUGAUGGGACCAGCGGCGCUCAGUCGGCCACCUCCUCACCUGGUGGUGCUCGCAUUGAGAGAGUUGGCAGCUGGGGCCAACCUGUUGCCGAUGGUCCUCCCCUGGUGAGAGCAGACCCAGCGGUUCAGAGUGGGCUCAAGUGGGCGGCCAAGGAUGCGGCUGACAGCCUGACCCGACCUGCCGACGAGGGCGGUAUUGUAGAGCAGUUCAGACGGCUGAGUCGAGAGUAUGGGGCUAUGAUCGGGGUCCUAUCCUCCACUAGAGAAGGUGUGGCCCUUCUUCAGAAGUACGACAUAUACCGUCUCAUCUACCGUAUGGUGCUGAUAUCAUCAUUGGACCCAUUCACAGCAUCAGUGCUAUCCUGCCUCUCCUUGGGGGUAGCCCGACGUAACCGUAAGGCUAUGGAAGCAGCCAUGACCAACGGCUCGGCUUACCUACAGUGUUUCGUUGUAUCAUUACUCACCAGUCUUACUCACAUUGACACUACUAGAAGCUUCGAGAGCGACGCCACUGCGCUUACCAAUAGCGAUGUACAGUAUAUCGUGGAUCCAGAGGGCGGCACGUCUCGUUGCAGUAAGAGAAUGGCGAGCCCCUACGACAACACAGUCUGGUGGGACGAUGACAUGCCCAACAACAACAGCACCGCCGGUGCGGCUGUCGGUGCACGAAAGGCUACAGCGUUCCCCAGUAGAAUGUCUGGCAUGGAAUUCGGAAAGUGGCAUCCAGUCGGAAUGCCCAGUCAGCCUCGAAGGAAAGUGGCUCCUAGCUUCGACUGCCGUCGGGAUAUACCUGGCUCUGAGGACGCCCUACACAACAGGACACGGGCUGUUACAGUAGACUCUGGUGGUGAGGAUGGUGAGCCCAUGCCCUCUACAGUGUCCCGCAUAAAUCCUGGGGAGGUGGAUUUCAUGCGAUGGGUUACUAGCAUCCUUGUUAAGCAUCUAGAAUUGGACAUCGCUGGUUCACAGGCCAUGGCCCAAACAGCACUGGCGUCGAUGGGAUACGUAGCCCUCUACUACAACACCGAUCAUGUCGUGCUCGAUGAGAUGGUCAAGUACGGUGGAUCCCUCAGCGACCUGGACUGCCCCGUCCGGCUCUGCCUCCUUUCAAACGAGGAGAUGUGCGAGAAGCAUAUCCUCGAUGGUUGGCUCGAAACUGAGUGGCAGCGGUGGGUUGAUGAAGAGAUGAAACGCUACGUAGACGUCCUCGACCUUCUCUGGACAGAGCGUGUCAAGCACGCCAUUGUGGGUUUCUAUGGUGAAGCUCUAGAGGACAAGGACCGGGCUGAGAAGUUGGGUAUCGCCGGCAGCAAGAGUGACGAGUUCCCUCCACCAUCACAGCCACAACGUCGCGAUCCAGCCUUCGUGCUACCCAAUCCUUCUUAUCUCAAGCCCACAGUCAAUUACAAAUAUCAGAGCCUCCAAUACCCCUGGCUGCUCCGACUGCCGUGGUACAUUUCGGUCAAGUUCAACAACGAGUCGUUCUCUGUCGGUGGGUUGGUAUCAAGAAGGAUAUCAGUGAAGAUACUCAAGCAGCUGAAGGCCUAUUCAGUCCUGUCCCAUAAUAUCCUAGAGGCGGGACCUCUGGCUCAUCUCGUAGUGGCCGCACCGGUACCACUGGAAGUUGACGAAGACUCCCAGAAAACGAACUUCCAGGUUGCCCUUUGUAUUGGCUCACAGUAUUGUUCUGUAUAUGGCGGUGGGUUAGUGUCGGACCCCGAAUGGUGUACUAUCCCCAUCGCGGAUAUGCGAAGGGACGCUCUUGCUAUCGAUGGGGAGGAGGAAGCCAUUUGUGGAAAAUACCAUCGAUGGCAAUGUCCCAAGAGUGGGGUUAUCGUCACUUUCAUCCUGGGUGACGACGGCAAGAUUCGCGUCCGGUCAGUGAGUUUCCCUAUCCGUUUCGAGCCCAGCAGCUCCACGCCAAUAUCCAUCAUCCCUCCUCUGCACAUUUGCCGGCCCUUAGCGAGCACCACGGUUGGGAUCAAGUGGCUGAGACAGAACAAGUUACCGUGGCUCGUCGACGCCCGUGAAUAUCUUGAACGAUGUUUCGCUGGUGAUCCCGGAUAUUCCGACGGAGAGAGUCAGACACAAUGCCGAGUGUACAUGUGGACGUUUGCCAACAUUGGUGCUGGUGGCGAACUAGGUGUGGAGCUCCUGCUAGACAUAGGGGCUUUGGAGACUCUUGUUAAGAUGGCUACUCACUGUAAACAUUUAUGUCUUCGAGGUUCGGCCAUUUACGCACUCUCAUUGCUGUGUUCGGUGCCUAGUGCUCAGCAGCCUCUGUUGAGUCUGGGAUGGGACCCAGUGGUCCAUGGACCGAUAGAUAUAGACAAGUUCCUCCAGCAGGUGGACAAGGAGGAUGAGAAGCCUGUUGAUGAGGAAAUGUCUUCCACGGAGGAGUAUAGCGACCUUUCGAGCUCAUCAGCGUCUUCCUCGACAGACUUGUCAGUCGUGGAAGUUGAAGAUCCUAAUCGUGGUACCUCACCGUUGUUCCAAUCUCUUGAUGGCGAGGAUGAGCUGCAGACUCGGGUGUCCCCGCGUUCCAUGCGCCGUGCAGGAUCGGAGAACAUGCUCAAUCACUAUCAGAAUCCCUAUGUGGAUUACGAUGCUGAUGCUCCCGAGACGAUGUCAGCAUCAUCGGAAGAUGACGCCGAGGCUGCUUCCCUUGAGAGACUGCUUGCUGCCAACCCGUUCUCGGCCCUGUCACCAUCAGUAUACAAUGGCAAAGGCAACGACGAUUUGAGUUACGCUGCCAGAAAGACUGGUCAAGAUAAUGCAGACCAAAACAGCAGCAGUAGCAGCAGUAGCUCGGAUUCUGAUCUCGCUAAAAUGGAACGCGAAGAUUCAUCGCAAGUCGGCCCUCUACCUUCAUUCAAAAAGCAGGCUACUCGUCGCAGGAGAAUGACGGCCAUACCUCGUCGGGCCUUCUAUAAAGAAUAUACGCCUGAACAUGCAGAGGUUUUACGACAUUUAACAGCCCUUUGCAAUACAGUGGCUUAUAAAGAGUCCCACAAGUUUCUCAUUCGAAAGAAACACAGCGAACCGCAUCUUUUUCAAUCAGUUGGUUUGUGGCUGCGUAUUCAUAAGCGUAUGUUGAAACUACAUUUCCCUCUAGCGACACGAAGGGUUAUCGACAACUUGUUCGACUAUGUGUUUUUAGACUUCGACGCGUUGGAUUAUCUCGAUAAUCUCAGAUAG